AAUUUUUGUUAUAUAAAAAAUUGAUGUUUAAAUAAAAAAAUGUGGAGUUCUGCAACAAUGAUUACGACAACAACAUCAACAAACAAUAAUAAAUAUAAUAAUAAUGCAACAAAUAAUAAUCGACUGCAAUCAACAUCAAAUAGUUCGCAAUUACCAGUGACACGUAAUCAUAAUAAUGGUAUGCAGUCAGUACGACCUAUAUCUUGGCAUGUUACAUCAUCACCAAGUUCAUCGACACCAAGUGGGAGUGCUAAUAAUAGUGGAUCGUUAAAAAACGAUCAAAAAUCUAAACAACAAUUAUUUGCAAAUAGUUCUAAUGGGGGAUAUCAAAGAAAUUCCUUUUGUCAUAGAGACAAUUCGAAGGUGGAUCCAGAAUUGAUCUUUACAAAACAAGAACGAAUUGGGAAAGGAUCAUUUGGUGAAGUAUUCAAAGGUAUUGAUAAUCGUACCACGCAGGUCGUGGCAAUUAAAAUAAUUGAUUUAGAAGAAGCUGAAGAUGAAAUUGAAGAUAUACAACAAGAAAUUAUGGUACUAUCACAGUGUGAUAGUCCAUUCGUUACAAAAUAUUUCGGGUCAUAUCUUAAGGGUACAAAAUUAUGGAUUAUUAUGGAAUAUUUGGGUGGUGGUUCCGCUUUGGAUCUCAUGAAAGCUGGUAGUUUUGAAGAAAUGCACAUUGCUAUAAUACUUCGUGAAGUAUUAAAAGGCUUAGAUUAUCUUCAUAGCGAACGUAAAUUACAUAGAGAUAUAAAAGCCGCUAAUGUCCUAUUAAGCGAAAUGGGUGAUGUAAAAUUAGCUGAUUUUGGUGUUGCGGGUCAAUUAACAAAUACAACAAGUAAACGAAAUACAUUUGUGGGAACACCAUUUUGGAUGGCACCAGAAGUUAUCAAACAAUCUGCAUACGAUUCAAAAGCAGAUAUAUGGUCAUUAGGUAUUACAGCUAUUGAAUUGGCUAAGGGUGAGCCACCAAAUUCUGAAUUGCAUCCAAUGCGAGUUUUAUUUCUCAUUCCAAAAAAUAACCCACCUCAAUUAACUGGAAAUUAUACAAAACAAUUUAAAGAAUUUGUGGAAGCUUGUCUAAAUAAAGAUCCAGAAAAUAGACCUACAGCCAAAGAAUUAUUGAAGUUUGCGUUUAUAAGAAAAGCAAAAAAGAAUUCAUAUUUAAUAGAUCUUAUUGAUAGAUAUAAAAAAUGGAAAUCGCAAAGAAGUGAAGAAAGUGAAACUGAAUCUGAAAAUUCUGAUUCGGAAGAAUCAAAGCAAGAAAGUGAUUUAGAUGAACCAUGGAUAAUGACCGUUAAAGGACCACAUUCAAUAAUGCCUCAUACAUUAGACGAUCUCUCUUUAACACCGAACCACAAGGUGCCUCAUAAUAAAGUUCAAAAUGGAUCUGGUCCUCCAUUAACUAAAUCGCCGCCAAAAGAUUCAAAUUUAAAUCAUUAUCGAUCAUCAGAAAAAGCAACACCGUCGUCCCGUCCUGCGUCUACCGCACCACCACCACCAGCAGAAAAUAGAAAGGAACAACGCGAAAGAGAACGAGAGCGUGAAAGAGAAAGAGAUCGUGAAAGAGAUCGUGAACAACAAAGAGAUCGUGAACAGCAACAACAACAACAAAGAGAAGCAUUAAAAGAUCAACAACAAAGGGAUAAACGAAUGUCUAGGGAAUUAAGUCCAUUAGAUCAUCGGGGAAAUAAUGAUCAGUCAACUGAACCAAUUGUUGAAAAGAAAUUGUCAUCGAAACGAAGUAGUGAUGGCAGUAACAGUCGAGAUGUUUCUAAUUCUAAAUCUUCAGUGCCAAGAUCACAGUGCUUAUCAGGAGUUAUUUAUCCAUUAAUGUCCGAGCUACAGCGAAAACAACAUUAUAAUGGACGUGGUCAAGAAUCAUCACAUAAAAAUACGGAUGUGAUUGAAGAACUAAAAAAUGCAUUUGAAAUUGCUGAAAGAACUAGUCCUGGUAUUAGUGAAUUAUUUGUUAAAGAAAUGGUGCAGAAAUUAGUUCCAUCAUUAUCUGAACAAAGACUAAAAGGCGUUAUGGAAAAAAUAAUGAGAGAAAUGUCAUAGAAGAUAAACUACUAAUUAAUUACUGUGGGCAGCAUUGUUAUUAUGAUUAAUUAAUAAAACAAUAUAUUUUAAAUUAAUAUAUAUGGUAUUCUCUAUUGAUACACAUGACAAUACGAUAUUUUUAUCCUCAAUUGAGAGCUUACUAGAAUCACUGAAGAUUAGCAUAAUAAUAUCAUGAAUAAUGGCACUGUUAUCAUGUAUACGCGUUUUUUAUUUAUUUUAAACUUUUAUCUAAUUAGAUUAGAUAUUUAAAAAAUUCAGUAGACAUUCUUAACAAAACGAACAAUGGCACACACCAAGCCAACAGAAAAAAGUAAACAUAUCUUUUUGUAUAUAUAAUUUACAAGAGUACGAUGAAACCACUUAGUGAAGACAGCAAAAUCAUUAUGGUUUAAAAAAAUUUCAUUUAUUCUUAACAAUGCCAUUAAAUUAAAAUAUUAUUAUACUCAAAAAAGCGAUUUUAUUCUAAACUAAAUAUCAACAAAAAAAUAUUGUAAAUUCGAAUUAAGUCGAUAGGAAUGUAUCGACGAUUUGGUCAAUAAAUUUAAUAGUUACAGUUAUUGUUUUGUAAUUCCUAAUGUGGAAUAAUUAGAUUUUUGGGGUACUUUCUAUUUUACAAGUUACAAAAAUUCACUAGGCCAUUAUAUAAAAUUCACAAAAACUGAAUAUUUGCGAUUUUUAAUGACAUUUUAAUCACAUCUGAAAUAAGGUAUUUAAAAUAAAAUAAAUACCUAUGUCCACCGGUUCAUUUUGAUGAUGUCACUAAUGUUAGAUGUAAUCGAGGAACUGUUAAAUUGAUAUUUAAUAGUCAUAUAUUGCGUAUAAUACUCUUAAAGCCGACACACUCCAUUUUUUGGAAUAAUUUUUUCAUAGCUAAAAUUUUUUCGAAAUGAAAUCAGAUAGUCCACCAACACUGAGCAAUGGCGAUAUUGAGAGAGUUACUCUUUUGUGGAUUCAAUAUCUGUUAAAUUUUAAGCUGGCGAUGUAAUUAAAAAUUGACCGGGUCCAUAAUAAUUAUAAUGUUUAUUUAAAUAGCGCAGCUUUUUUUAAUAUCGCCAUAAUUAUUUUUAAAAUAUCCAAAAUCAUUUGGCAAGGCAUUGGCUGAAGUUUCGCGUGCAAAAUUCGAAAAAAGGCAAUUUUAUUUAUGAGCUCUUUAGAACAGAUAUUGGAUCUCUAACAUUGUUUUAUGCAACUUUGUUUAACUAAAGUCGACAAUUGUCAAAGGGAGUUUUUACGAAAUUGAGUCGUUUUCAAAAUAUUGAAUCCCGAAAGUUAACAAAUCGAAUUUUUGUUUUAAAAUAAACUAGCUUUGGUUUAAUUGGAAUUGGAAUGGUUUAAUUGGAAUUGAGAGUAUGUAAGAUAAAAAAUAUUAAACUAGGAUUUCUUUAUCUUUUACUGAAGUUGUUGUUACCAAAAACCCCGACAAUAACUUUUAGAACGAUAGAAAAUAUUUAAAAAACUAGAGAAAAUAAAUCCUAGAAUCGCUACCAUUUUU